AUGGAGAACCAAACGUUCAAUAUGGAUGUUAUAUCCAUCGAGGGGUUAAAGGUCAACCCCUCCUCCUCCGUUCCCGUCUUCAUCCUCCUCCUCCUCAUCUACGUCUUCAUCAUGGUGUCCAACAUCGGCCUGGUGGUGCUGAUCACCACGGAGAGGAGCCUGCACCAGCCCAUGUACCUGCUCUUCUGCAACAUGAGUAUUAACGAUGUUUUUGGGGCGACGACCAUCAUUCCUCGUGUCCUGAGUGAUGUUUUCACUCCAAUCACGGAGCGGUCCGUCCAUUACGUGGACUGUGUCGUCCAAGCCUUCGCUUCUCAUUUUCAUGCGGGCAUCUCUCACACCGUGCUCAUGAUUAUGGCUUUUGAUCGUUACGUGGCCAUCUGCAACCCGCUGCGCUACACCACCAUCAUGACCCACAGGAUGGUGGUGAAGAUGUCGGUGGGGGCGUGGCUGGCGGCCUUCAUCUCUGUCGCCAUCCUGCUGGGUCUCACCAUCCGCCUGUCGCGCUGCAGGCGGAUGAUAUUCAACCCUAUCUGCGACAACGCCUCCUUGUUCAAGCUCUCCUGUCAGGAUCUUUUCUACAACCACAUCUACGGCCUCGGCAGCGCCGUGGUGAUCCUGGGCUCCUCGCUCGGCACCAUCACGCUCACCUACCUCAGGAUCGCCACGGUGUGUCUGGGCGGAAAGAACAAGGUGCUGAACAGCCGGGCGCUGCAGACCUGCGCCACCCACCUGGCCGUGUACCUCAUCCUGCUGGUGGCGUCCUUCACCCCCAUGAUCAUGCACCGUCGGCCUGAGUGGGCGGAGAGCGGGAAAGUGGUGUCCGUCUUGUUCUUCGUCGUCCCCCCCGCCCUGAACUCCGUCAUCUACGGGCUGAAGUGUAAAGAGCUCCGACUGAAGGUUAUCGCUGUCCCUGUCCUGCUCCACAGAUCGCUGUCC